AAACAUCUCUGCUCAAGGUCACAUAAUAAUCCCAAAGAAAAGUUACAAAGACAAAGACAACGCACCGCGCCUUUCCUCGUUUUUACUCAUUCCUUCAUACAAUUUCAGUAAUUCUGUGUCAUAUAAAAGCGACUCAAUCUCAACAUUCUCACAGUACAAACAAUACAAUUUUUGGCUUGUCAUCAAUUUUCUCUCUUUCUCUCUGACUUUCCAUUCCUGCAAAACCAGUUCUUUGUUGCCUUGCAAAACAUGUGUCCUCUUAGGUUCAUCCUGAUCUUUUUCUCCGCCGUGUUGGCAGCUUAUUUUGCCUGGACUGCCGUGCGUUCCUCCCCGGAGAUUGACUUCACUGCUGACGAUCACGACAACAAAUCCUCCUUCAAUAAGGAUCGUUUCAAUUUCAAAAAGAUGAUUCAGAAUGGAUUCUGGGUAUUUGUUGACAUGGCCAGCGGGAGAUAUCUAUGGAGGAAUUUAAGGUCCACGAAUGAUAAUGUCCAAUUGAAGAGUUCUUAGGAGUUGGCACUCUCCAAACCCAAAUCUUCAUUAUUCUUUUAUUUUCGUUGUCGCAGAAACUUGUAAUUCUCUCAUGUUUAUGGACAUCCCCAAUGAUAACGUUAGAGAAACCCGUAAAUUCUUGUCUUUCCAACUUUUUCAUUUUUCGUUUCUGGAAAUACUUUGUAGGUAAAUGGGG